AUGGACUCUUGGGGGCCCUGGAUAACCUUUCUGCCCUGGCGUCCACCCUCCCCAGAUUUGAGCCGCAGACCUCCGGGCGGGAACGGGGGCGGUGCGCUCCAGCCCCGCCGGCGCGUAGGCGGGCGGGCGGGCGGGGCUCCGCGACCCGAAGCCCUGGGCCGCCAAUAUAGGCGCUCGGCGGAGGCGCUAGUGCGCGGGGGCAGCGCUGCGGGCGGGGGCCGAGAUCCAGACACCGAAGCAGCUGGCACCCGGGUGGCCCGGAGAGGGGCGAGCAACAUGAGCAGCAAAUGCGACGUGGUCGUGGUGGGGGGCGGCAUCUCAGGUAUGGCAGCAGCCAAACUUCUGCAUGACUCUGGCCUGAAUGUGAUUGUUCUGGAAGCCCGGGACCGCGUGGGAGGCAGGACUUACACCCUUAGGAACCAAAAAGUUAAAUAUGUGGACCUUGGAGGAGCUUAUGUUGGGCCAACUCAGAAUCAUAUCUUAAGAUUAUCCAAGGAACUAGGAUUGGAAACCUACAAAGUGAAUGAAGUAGAGCGUCUGAUUCACCAUACAAAGGGCAAAUCCUACCCCUUCAGGGGCUCAUUCCCAUCUGUGUGGAAUCCUAUUGCCUACCUAGAUCAUAACAACCUCUGGAGGACGAUGGAUGACAUGGGACGAGAG